UCAGAUCACAAUGACAAACACAAAUGUGUUACCUCUGUUUAGCACAUGAAAAAAAUUCAAGUACAGAAAAUGAAAAAAGAUCCUCUUCACAUGAAUUUCACUGCCUUUUUUUUAUUGUUGUUCUUUCAUGAAUAAACAGUUUAUUGUAGAAGUAAUAUUCAUACUAGCAUUCAUACCUGCGGCUAUCGGUUACUAUGCCAACUAUAAAGGAAGAUGGAUACUUAGUUUAUUCUGUUACCUGCUUUCUCUUUCAAUUCUCCUGGCACCUUUCUUUCUCUAUACCACCUUCAAAUGUAUUCAACACUGUAUGCCGCUGAUAUCACGUACACUGGUCAGGAUAAGCAACAGACUUCGACCUAUAGUACAAACAGUAUCAAAGAAUAGAGUUUUGGGACCAGCUAUUAAUCUUGUUGUUCGUUGCCAUUUCUUUGUCAUCUUUGUUGUCUUGCUGAUGAGCGAUCAACUGAUUCGCAAGCUACUGAAUCCUUUUAUACCACAACACGCAACAAAGAAGCAUCUAUCUGUCAUUAAUGUGGGUGACGCCAAAUUUUUCAGAUUAGGUAAUCAUCAUCGUCAUGAUCCACCCAAGUCUUCCAAGUCCUUUGAGACCGAAAAGGGCUUCAAGCGACCCGAGUACUCGUUGUCGAUGGCUCAUACUCUCUGUGUAGCUAGUAAAUUGGCAUAUGAGGAUGUUGACGUUGUCAAGCAUGAGCUCGAACAGGCUGGCUUUGAUGUCGUUGGCUCGUUCAAGCCAAUUGGAUACAAGAACGUAUGUGCCUAUGUUGUCGAAAAGGAAGGUGAUGUCCUCUUGGUGUUUAGAGGCACAAACCCACUCAAUAUCCAAAACUACGUUACAAACAUUGACGCUGGUCUCACUGAGAUAUUCUCGGCCGAUACACCGAUGGGUAAAGUUCACAAGGGCUUCUGGGACGCCAUGGGAGCAACAACGACAACACAUGUUCAGGAAGAAGAGACCCGUAUCCAUCUCGAACUCAGUCAUACCUCUCUGUUACAGUCGAUUGCCUCAGCCGUAAAAGCGACCAUGCAGAUCAUGCGUAUGGUGUCUUUCAACAUUUUCCAAAAUGUGAUUGAUCCAAUUGAUGCUAGCUGGGUUGCUACAUCAGAAGUAAGAUAUCAUAGUCUCUAUUCACAAGCAGAGACUUGGAUUAUGAGAGUCAUGCAGGAGCGAUCGGAGACAAGAAAAAGACUGUUUAUCACUGGCCAUUCGUUAGGUGGUGCCUUGGCAACAGUAUUUUUGGCAAAAAUGAUCCAAUCAAAGAGUUCAUUGAUACCUUAUUUUGCUGGUUUGUAUACCUAUGGACAACCUAAUAUUGGUGACGAGGCAUUUGGAAGAUCCUUUGGACCUGAGAUAACCUGUAAAAUAUUCAAUCACACUUUUAAUAAUGAUGUCGUGCCUCGUAUUCCCUAUUGGUAUAGUCCUCCUCCAGGCACACUUGUAUUUAUUGAUGCAGCCUACAAAAUUACCAUUUACCCACCGGAUCCCAAGACGAAUCAACCCGUACCUGUCCGUCCUAUAUCCUACCUCCAUCUGUCUGGUAUACUCAAUCGACACGUGAUCGGUCGAUUAAAGCAAGAAACAUCUGUACGCAUCUUAUUCCGUCUCUUGUUACCAUUCUUUAUCAACGACCAUUUCCCUUCUGAUUACAGUGACGCCUUACUUUCGGGUGAUGUCGAAUGGAUUGUUGUGGGUGAAAAUGAAGGAGGAAAUGAAGAAAAAGAUGAAAAGAUGAGACGAUACCAUGUGUAAUAGAAUUUAUUAUAAACAUUUAACAUUUUGGAAAAGUAUCAUUGUUGACAUGAAUGGUCACAGGCACGGACACAGGAGGCUGUUCGGGGCCAGUGGCAGGUGAUGAGUUGGUGGGAGGAGCGUAAUAAGGUGUGAAGAGAAUGGAGAAAUCAUAUUGAGAAGGUGGAUAACGAGAAAAGAAGUGGCAAUUAGGAACAUUA